GGGACGACUCGGAUCAAACGGGGACUCCGACUCUCUCCUCCUCCUCCUCCCUCUUUUUAAUUCAGAUCGUCAGUGCGGAGUCCGAUUCGGCCUCUCUCUCUCUCUCUCUCUAGAGAACAAUCAAGCGACGACCUCGAUCGAUUUGUCGAUCUCCGGCGAAACAGGUCUUCAGCACCGCCAUGGCGAGGCCCUCGAGGCAGCAGGCGUCGUCCGAUGAGGGCCUGUCCGACGGGUACGAGGAGGAGGAGCAGCAGCAGCUCAACGAGCCGGUCAACGAGGAGGACGAGGAGGAGCUCGAGGCCGUCGCCCGCUCCGCCAGCUCCGCCGACGCCGACGAGAAUGGCGAGGCCGAGGAGGAGGAGGACGAUGAGGUUCCAUGUUUGCCUGCGCCGCUUUUUUAUUACUGGAUUAGUUGGAAUUUUUUGGCGCCGGAUCUCUUGCUUGCUCUCUAGGGUUUUGCGGGGGUCGGUGCGGUUAUAGGUCUCUCUGGUGUUUUGCGCUAGGAAGUGGAUGGGUGCUUCGUGUUUGAAUGCA